AUGUACGGGAAGCCGUUCUUCGAGGUCAAGGUUGGGAAGGGAGCACGGGAGGUCGCCAUGGGGCUGAUCCAGGGUGCUGGGAAGGGGGAUGAUUCACCAAGUAUACGUUAUGGUAGCACGAGGGCAUCUCAUCGACCUGACCGUCUUACCGGUUCCGACGCCCUACCCCCCUCUCGUAGCCCUCGUAUAGCCCACUCUCUCCAGAUCUCGCUCGUCUCCCCGGGUCCCGCCUCGCCGUCGGUAACGAUGAACCGCCACCGCCGUGGCAUCUUCGACGGCCUCCCGAUUCCGGCCGACAAAUCUUACCUGAAGGAAGGGCUGUCGCGGAUCGACGAGGGAUGGGCCGCGGCGCGGUUCGACUCGCUGCCGCACGUCGUGCACAUCCUCACCUCGAAGGACCGCGAUGGCGAGAUCCAGUUCCUCAAGGAGCAGAGCGACCUCAUCGAGGACGUCGUUGACGAGGUCGUCCACGCGUACCACCAUGGUUUCAACAAGGCCAUCCAGAACUACUCCCAGAUCCUGCGGCUGUUCAGCGAGUCCGCCGAGAGCAUCACCGGCCUCAAGGGGGAGAUGGCAGAGGCCAAAAAGCUGCUUGGGAGGAAGAAUCAGCACCUUGGGCAGCUAUGGUACAGGUCCCUCACGCUGCGCCACGUGAUCUCCCUGCUGGAUCAGGUUGAGGAUGUUGCCAAGGUUCCUGCUCGGAUUGAAAACUUGAUGGCAGAGAAGCAGCUAUACGCCGCAGUGCAGUUGCAUGUUCAGUCAAUGCUGAUGCUAGAGCGGGAAGGCCUUCAAGCGGUAGGUGCUCUUCAAGAUGUUCGAUCUGAUCUAACAAAGCUGCGUGGUGCACUGUUCUACAAAAUUUUGGAAGAGCUGCAUUGCCACCUAUACAACAAUGGUGAAUAUAGCUUGGUGACUUUAAGCAUGGUUGACAGUGAGGACAUACCAACUUCUGGAGCCACUGGUCGCUUAGUAAACAGCAUGCAGCCUCUGUCCAGGAGAACAAUGUCUAUUAAAGGUGAAAAUCACUUUAGUGGACCAGCUACUGCAGAUGGGAUAACAAAAACUAGUUCUGUUGGAUGUUCUUCAUUUGAUGGCCCAGACGAUGAUAGUAGCUUAGGUGGUGGGUGUGGUCGGAAGGAUUCCAAAAGUUUCUCUUGUGAAAUUCCGAUUUUCCUUUCUUGCGCUACACCAGACGAGUUCCUUGAAUCAAUGAGAAAGGCAGAUGCUCCCCUCAAUGUGAAAUACUUAAGAACAUUGGUGCAAUGCUUAUCCAUGCUUCGAAAGGUUGCAGCUGCUGGAGCUGUGAUAUGGUGGUGGGCGUGGCACCGCCGGCCGCCAUCGGUGGACGUGGGGAAGCCGGACGCGUAUGUGGUGACGCUGUCCGACAACGGUGCAGAGAACGUGGCCAUGUAUGCAGUGACGUUGCCCGCCGUCGGUGGACACGGAGAAGCAGGGCACAACCCCUUACCUCUGUCCACCAUGCUCCUGACCGUUCCGGUGGCGCUGCCUCCACCACCUUUCUCCCCGCAUCUAUCUCAUCGAAGGCAGACAAGGAGAUUGCCGAACGCUGCAAGCAAGACCUUUGUUUCAGUUGCGAUGACUAGUUUGCGCCUGGUCAUCGUUGUGCUCACUGAUCAACUCUUCAACAUUGAGGUCUUCGACUUGUAUGUUGACACCAAUGACUUUAUCGAGGAGUAUGUUGAAGAGUUCCAUGUGUCUGGCCACACAUGUCAAGGUCCAGCAGCAUUUAGACCACGUGUAAAUGCAACCUCAGUAUAUAGCUCACUAGUGGAGAAUGGCCGCCCUGUACUACAAGGGCUUCUGGCUGUUGAUAUAAUUGCCAAAGAGGUUCUUGGUUGGGUUCAAUUGAUGCCGAUCUAUGCUGCUGAGCUUGUUGAGUAUGUUCGCACCUUUCUGGAACGUACACACGAAAGAUGCCGGGCAUCAUAUAUGGAGGCUGUUCUUGAGAAACAAAGUUAUAUUCUCCUCUCACGGAGUGAUGUUGAAAGUUUAAUGUGUCUGGACCCUGCAAAUGCUUCUUUGCAAAACUCUUUUGGUCAACUUGAUAACGACAUUCCAGAUGCAGGAAUCGAAGUGGAGAUUGAACUAAGUGAUCUCCUAUUGGAUAUGUGCCCGAUAAAACAGGAAAACUUGAUCCAUGAUGACCAGAAAUUGAUAUUGCUGGCAUCUCUUAGCGACUCCUUGGAAUAUUUAGCAGAUUCAGUUGAAAGGCUUGGUGAGUCAUUUAUAAGUCCAUCCACCAUCUCAGAAAACAAAAGUGACAUACACCAAAGUCACCAUACUCGCACAACUAGUGCAAUUCCGAAAAGCCUUGCGUCUCUUGCUAAUGAGUACAGAAGGCUAGCAACUGAUUGUGUUAGAGUCUUGAGAUUGGAAAUGCAGUUGGAGACAAUAUAUCACAUGCAGGAAAUGACAAAAAGAGAAUAUGUAGAAGAUCAAGACGCUGAAGAUCCUGAUGACUUCAUCAUCUCUCUUACAACUCAGAUUGCACGUAGGGAUGAAGAAAUGGCUCCUUACAUCGCAGAAUCAAAAAGGAACUAUGUAUUUGGUGGGAUUUCUAGUGUUGCUGCUAAUGCAUCAAUAAAGGCACUCGCACUAAUGAAGUCCAUCAACCUGUUGGGAGUUCAACAAAUAUGCAGAAACUCGAUAGCACUAGAACAGGCACUUGCAGCCAUACCUUCCAUUGAUAGUGAGGCAGUCCAACAGAGAUUAGAUCGUGUUCGGACAUUCUAUGAGCUACUAAACCUGCCUUUCGAGUCUUUGCUUGGGUUCAUUGCUGAACAGGAAUAUAUUUUUUCUGCAAAAGAAUACUUGAGCAUACUAAAGGUCAAUGUACCUGGUAGAGAGAUACCAAUGGAUGCUGAACGACGUAUCUCACAGAUUUUGAGUCAUUAAAUUGAAUUGGGCAAGAUGAUUUUAGCUAUAACUGGUGGCAGAUGUCUCACUGUAUCUUUCUCGGCUUUCUUUGUAGUUGUAGUUAAUUUUGUUAUUUCUGUUUGGUUUUUUCUUUUGAUGUCUAUGGUGUAGGUAAUGUGUUAUUUGUUGUCUCAUUCACUGUAAAUUUGUAGUGCUUUGACUGAAACGCUCAUUCUUGAUCGUUGUAAAUGUGUAAUCUUUUGGACGUAAUUUUAAUAAAAUUCCCAGAUUCAUGUGUUC